UUGGAGAAGCUGGAGGCUCAGACGCACAUUGGCAUUGCCUGGCACAUCUGGGAGAGUGAGGUCUACAAUCCGCUACAAAGCACAGGAUGGGCUCUCUGGUUCUGGAGAUGAUGGGGCUGACCAUCGCCGUCGUCGGCUGGGUUGGGGUGAUCCUGGCAUGUGCUCUGCCCAUGUGGGAGGUCUCUGCCCACAUCCACAGUAGUAUCGUGACCGCUCAGACCCACUGGGAAGGACUGUGGAUGAGCUGCGUGAUCCAGAGCACCGGGCAGAUGCAGUGCAAGGUGUUUGACUCUGUCCUGUCGCUGCCCUCGGUUACACAGGUGGGCAGGGCGCUCUCUGUGGUGGCAUCUAUCCUGGGCAUCAUCGCCCUGCUGGUCACUGUAGUCGGAGCCCAGUUUACCGUCUGCUUGAAGGGCAGCAGCCUGAAGAGCCGCUUCGUGUUCGCCGGUGGAGUGAUGUACGUCCUGACAGGACUGCUGGUGCUCAUCCCGCUCUGCUGGACUGCCAACAAAGUCAUCAAGGACUUCUUCGACCCGAACGUGUCCCCCUCCCAGAAGAGGGAGAUGGGGGCAUCCCUGUAUGUUGGCUGGGCCGCCUCUGCCCUCCUAUUCCUCGGUGGGGUCCUGAUCUGUCUGUCCAGCCGGGGGCAGCUGGCACAGCCGGUGAAGUACUCACCCUCCCGGAGACCGACCUCCAAUGGGGACUACGACAAGAAGAACUACGUGUAAGGACCGAGAGGGUGACGGACACUGGUCACUCGGGAGCGGGCACAGCCCUGGCACCUGUAGAGGAAGGGACUCUCCUACAAUUUGCCUCCAUGGACAGCUGGCCAACCACUAGACUCAGGCUGGUGCAUGGGUACAGGUGACCCUCCGUGCCACGGGCAUCAUCACAGCUAGAUGACUGGAAGUGAAGUGUGUAUAUAUAUGUAGAUAUGUAUAUUCUGUAUAGUCUGUGUUAUGGCGGUGCCCUCAGUGCCCUCCUCUCUGCACAGCAUGGCAUCAUGACUGGAUCUUGUUUUCCUUGCGGGCUAUGCCCAGCCCCGGUCUGUGACAGGCACUUAGCGGGUAAUCGGAUUGAGGAGCUUUGCUUUAGCGCAUUACAGUGGGCAGAGGAAGGAGCUGGGUGCCAGGUCAUAGAAAGGAAGGGGCCUUGGCAUCCCCUGCAGGUUCAGGAGAGGGGGUGGGGGGCUUGUUUCUUUCCUCUCUUAUGUAUUGAUCUUUAGUUUUUUUAGUACUAAAUCCCAAAGCAGCUGGUAGGGCUGAGUUCACACUGGUGAUAGUGGCAUGGCAGAAAAGAUGUGGGUUUUGUGGCAUAAACUCUUUGCAUAGAACACUGUGCCAUCUGCUAUGGCUGACGUUUUUAGUCACCACAGCUCCUAAAACGCAACCUAAAAAUCUAAGUGUAAACUUGGUCUUAUGUAACGCUAGAGUUGAGUGUGCCUCCAACUUUUGCAAAACUACAACUCCCAGCAUGCCUGAUCAGCCAUGUUUCCCAAUUGGUGUGCCUCCAGCUGUUGCAAAACUACAACUCCCAGCAUGCUUGAUCAGCCAUGUUUCCCAACUAGUGUGCCACCAGCUGUUGCAAAACUACAACUCCCAGCAUGCCUGAUCAGCCAUGUUUCCCAACUGGUGUGCCUCCAGCUGUUGCAAAACUACAACUCCCAGCAUGCCUGAUCAGCCAUGUUUCCCAACUGGUGUGCCUCCAGCUGUUGCAAAACUACAACUCCAGCAUGCCCGGACAGCCUUUGGCUGUCCGGGCAUGCUGGGAGUUGUAGUUUUGCAACAGCUGGAGGCACACUGGUCGGGAAAGACUGAUCCAGUGUUUUUUGCAGAGUGGAAACUCUCCAGUUGAUGCUUCCUGUUACUGGAAAAGUUGGGUGAACAGCAGGUGUCACUACAAUUGGGGGAGGAAAGUUGCCCUACAGAAAGUCACCAUGUACCCCAAACCUGUACUCUUGCCCCCAUACAUGUACUGAUGUGGGGAUGUCAUUGAUACAAGUAUAGCCAAUAAUUUAACCCUACACUCACCAGAACAUAACUUAAUAACAUUGUAUCCAUAGAAGCGGAAUGUUUUGGAAAGCAAGGAUAAAUACAAGUCCCCGUCAUGGCAAUGCGCCUCAUCAGUGUCUUCCGAAACUCUAGUUUUCUCUCUAUGAAAAGUGUUUUACAUUUGUUGUAAUUCUGUGAUUGAGAAUUCAUUUUAUUUAAAUGUAUGUAUUUUUCAAAAAAAUAAAAUAAAAAAUUCCGGAUAAAUAAAUGAUUUUUUAAG